CAAACAGACAAAGCACAGUUAGAUGUUUUUUUCUCCCUUGGAAACGCCAAACAGCUCAACCUUCAGACAGAGGGCUCCUGUUAGCUAGCCGGAUGUGUUUUCAGAGAACUGAGCUCCUGUGAGCCACAGACGAUGUUUACCGUUUCUGUCUGUAACCCUGUUUAACUGACGGCUUGCUCGUAAAUUCAGCCAUUGCACAACAGUGUCUGUGAGGUUAACCUAGCUAGCUGCCAGUCUCCGAGUCCAGACAGCAGCCGGCGUAGCAAGGUUGGGCAGAAAUGACGAGAGCUUUGGCUGUGACCGUCUUUACUUUAAAACAGGUGUGGUAGCCACGGAUGACAGCCCCGGUUUGGCCUCUGAUGUUGGGGAAUAUUGUUUAAGUCAAGCUAGCUGCCAGAGCACACUGAGCAGCCCAGGAGCUGCCUCAUAAAUUAACCCCCCCCCUCCAACCCCACCCGUUUGCUGUGCUGUAGUCUCGUCUUGGGCUUUUCCAUUACUAUGAGUGCAAUGCGUGUUGAUGCCAAAGUGGUGAUGUUGGGAAAGGAAAGUGUGGGGAAGACCAGCCUGGUGGAGAGAUAUGUUCAUCAUCGCUUCUUGGUCGGCCCGUAUCAGAAUACUAUCGGUGCUGCUUUUGUUGCUAAACCGAUCCAGGUGGGAGACAAAGUGAUUACUCUGGGAAUAUGGGACACGGCUGGAUCGGAGCGCUACGAAGCUAUGAGCAGAAUCUACUACAGAGGAGCCCGGGCAGCCAUAGUCUGCUAUGAUCUGACUGACAGCAGUAGCUUCCAGCGAGCUCGGUUCUGGGUGAAAGAGCUGCAAAACUGCGAGGAACACUGUAAGAUCUACCUGUGUGGCACUAAGAACGACUUGAUUGAAGGAGAUCGGAGCUUGCGCCAAAUUGACUACCACGACGCUCAGGACUUUGCUGAAGAGAUUGGUGCACAGCAUUUCGAGACCUCGAGUAAAACAGGAAAUAAUGUGGAUGAGUUAUUCCAGAAGGUUGCUGAGGAUUACAACAGCACUGCCUUCCAGUACAUGACAGCAGAGGAAACUGGCGUCGACUUGGGCCAGAAGAAAGACUCAUAUUUCUACUCCUGUUGUCACAACAACUGAUGCUGAGCAACAGGAAGGGAAACAGAAGUGGUCACCUUCCCCCGGCUGGAGUCAAACCUGGAAAUGCUGGAUGGGUGUCAGAUACCUCUGCUCUGGAUCUGGUACCAAAGCACAGAAAAAGAAAUCAAACAAUACUCUUUACACCUUGUUAGAUAUGUUCAUUUCUUUUGUGCCAUAAAGAACUGAGGGCUGCAAAACUUUGAGGAGAAUCCACUACGGCUGCAACUGUUAAUGGGUGAAGAAGGAAUCACUUAUCACCUUGUGAUGUCCUGUGUUUUAUCCGUACAUCAGCUGGUCAUCUUUCUGUAGCUCUGAGCUGGACCAUAUUGUGGAGGUGAACUUAUCCCCAAAGCUGUGGUGUUAAACAAUCAGAAGAAGAUGUACUGUGGUUAAAAGACGACCUGCAGUGGUGUGGAAGUUAAAACAGUGCUGAUAGAAAAGAGGAAUCUUACUGAAGCUGCACUGGAAGAGAAAUUUUGAUUGAUACUGUUUAUUGCUAUAGCGAGUGCAGUGCUCCACGAUGGUGAAUGGUUUGUUUACAGCAGGUAAUUCGUGUUUACUUCCAAAUGUAAUUAAGCUCAUCGCGGAAAUCCAUCUGUUAGGCCUGCACAUCUUCAGUGAAUCCUACACAAAUGGAUGGAAGCCAACGAGGAUAUGUCUUAAAAAAACAAAACACUCCCGUGUUAUUAGCUAUUCUCCAUUGAAAUGAACCAUUAUGAAACAUGAAACAACCAAUGAUCUUUAUAAAGGCCUUUAUAUCCACAGUAGAAAUGACAGGACCGUGCAUGUGUCCAAAUUCAACCUUCUGGAGCGCUGGCUCUUUAGUGUUUAACAUUACUGCAACUUUUGCCAUGUGACAGCCAUGGAUGUAUUAAGAGAGCUGAUAUGGCCCCACCACUGACCCGUGUUGCUAAUUUGCCCCUGUGGCCACUUGUGGUACUGCAAUGAAAAAAAUCCCCAGCGGCCCAAACAGCAUUUUAGACCACCAUUAUGAAAGAAAUGUCUGCAGUCGAAGGUGUCCUUUUAACUGUUUGACAGACAUUUCUUUGUAUAAAGAAUUUUUAAACCAUGAAUGUUUAAAUAUUUGUACAACGUUGAAGCCGUUUUUAUUUGUGUUACGCCACCCCAGUGUUAAGACACUAACACUCGUGCAGUGAGCCACACAGCGCAGAGGCAAGCCUGGAAGCUACAAGACAUUUUUGGCUUACAGGGUUUGCAAGCAGUUUUCCAACGAAAUGAACAGGCAACAUCUUGGAGCCCAGCAUCCAGUUCUUAUAAUACAUCCAUCCAUAAUACAUCCUGACAGAAUGCACGACAUGUAUGUGUAAAGUUAUCAUUUGCAGCAUAAGCUCAGAUUUUGUCAAAAGAAAAAAAAAAAAGCUGAUUUUAGGUGGUGGUUCCUAAAAUGCCUAGGUCUGUUACAAAAUUAUUCACCAAGCUGACUGAAAGAAAAUUUGAAGGACAGUUUUCCACAUUUAAACUCUAAAUUUUCUAUUUUCUAAUUGUAAGUGGAUGGUGAGUGUCAAAUUGUCUUUCAGUCAUUUCUAGUCGUGAAAUGUUCCUUUGAAAACAAGCUCUGAAAGGAAAAAUUCCACAUUUACGUAAAUCUACAGUUUCUCCCCUAAGUGAGAAACUGUAGAUUUAACCAAUACAGGAAAAAGCCUUGCGGAUGAAUGUUGUAAUAUCGUAUAAACCGUCAUCUCUCAAUGUUCUCGGAACAAUAUUUACAGCUAUAUUUAAGACUCAAGUCACUAAUUUAUUGCCUUUUAAGUUGUGUUGCCAGAUGUGGGGAAAUAAAUGGACACAAUCUCAGUUUCCCCCGUGUUGCUGCUUUGAUAUGUUCAUGCCCUAUGUUGAUAUUUCGAUGCACAAUAUUUUUAUUGAAGGCUGUUAAAGAGAGACUUGUGUAAAAUGGAUGUUAUAUAAAAUUAAAAGCUUAUUGAAAGAA